UACGGAAGUUCCCCCCUUGAAAAGUGAAAGACUUGAACGCGGUGGAAGGAGGCGUGCGUGGUUUUCUUUCUACACACGUAGGGAAGUGUUCUUCUUGCUGUCGGAACGGGGAUAAGUGCAAAUAUAGCGCAUCCAGAUCGGCAACGGCCGGAGAGGAUAUAUUUAUUGGCAAACACAUGUGCGUGCAGAUGUGGCCCUGUGUGGGAGCCCCGCUGAAAUUAUUGUGUUAUCGGCCAAAGUGAAGAAUAGUGUACAUUUAUAGGACGAUCAAGAGGCGGAGGUGUGGGAGGUUCAAUCAUCUGUUGUUUUAUUUUUUUUGCUGGAAGGAAACUUCCUUCGUUCAUACGGGGACCACUAAUUGUCUGUCGAAUUGCAGCCUGUUGCGUUGUCCGAUGUGUUAUUGGUGUUUGUGUGCGAUGGCCUAAAUUUAGGCCAAAAGGUUAGGCGAAAUCAACCAAGUGCACCGGGGGAGGCCGUGCAGCGCCUACUGAGUGAUUGAACAAACUACGACGCCACGCUACUUACCUACUGUGUGUAUAAGUGCAACUUGUUUUUCCUCCUCGGUGCAGUGAAUAUUGAAAAAUGGAAAAUUGCGCGUGUGAAAAAUGUGAAACCAUUAUUAGUUAUUGAAUCAGUUUGUUCAACGUUCCGCUCUUCGCCUGCCUUUUAGUGUGCAUUGCACUGUGUCCAGCCUAUCUGUGUCUGCUUGUUUGCCGCGCCAGUUCAAAAAGGAUUACAACUAAUCGCAUUUGAUGGGGCAACACCAGUAGUGUUGGUUGGCCGGUGUAUCCUGGCUCGCUUGGCCACAAAGGGAAAAGCCACGUGGACUGUGGACGACGAGACAUUCGCCUAUCGACGGGAGAGAAGGAUUGACAUGCUGAAGAAAACGACAGUAGUAACAACAACAACAACAACAACAACCGACAAACAGGAGCAGCCAGUCCCGUCGACCCGUAUUAAAUCAACGUCAUCAGGGCUGGAUCCAAUCCAAUCCGACGACGCGCGAUAAUGUGAAUGUGAGCGCUUCGGGAAGUCACACAGGAGAUGACCAUCAUGGACGGUGGCAGCGGGGGUGUUAGGCAGCAGCAAAAUCAACUACAACUACAACAACAACAGCAGCAGCAGCAACAACAACAACAUCAACAGCAGCAUCAGCAGCAUGAACAAACAGCGAAUCAAUUCGGUAGCAACGGAUGUUCGCCAUCGAUUGGAUCGUCUACUUCCGGUGGGACCGGGUCCGGACAGUUCCCCGCCUCGUUUCCGGACAGUUUCAAAGACUUUUUCGCCAUGCUCAACGAGGAGGACGACCACGUCGAUGUGUUCUCCAACAUACUAGAGGAUAAGGACAUCCCCCGCAGCACAAAGUGUCGCUACAAUCGGUCUUCCAACGCUGCCGCCGCCGCAUCCAGCGGAAGCAGCACCAACACAUCACCAUUCAUCGCCUCCGGCACCGGUCCGGCUCCGCAUUCCGCCUCGUCCUACAGCGGAAAUCGGUCCUUCGGGCUGGGUUUCGCUACCGCCAACAGCAACUACAACUUUGGCCGGUCCAGUUCGUUCCGAUUGCACCGGAACAAACCGGCCUACACCGAACAUCGGCCACCGUCGGCGACCGUCGGGUUCCAUUCGCUUUCCGGAAGUAGCAAUCAACACCAGCAGCAACAACUGCUAAUCAACAACAUUCGCAACCAGCUGGGUGGGUCCGGUAGUGACAUCGGGUUCGGUGUUGGAAGUGGUGGUGGUGAAGAAGACCAGGGUAUGAAGAAUUUAAGUUUGAUCAAGAGUGCCAUAGUGGAUCGGUCGCCAUCGUCGUCGGCACUGGUGGGGAUCGCGGGCAGCGCGGGUGUCAGUGGAGGUUUGACAGUGAUCGGAUUUCCCGGACCGGCAUCGAUCAAUCGGUCAAAGUCGAACUCGAAGAUCGACGAUCGGUCGCCAACGUCGUUCGAGAUGCAGAACUUCGAGUAUUGUGCUAAGGGCGGCGGUGGGAGUGGCAGCGGAGCCGGUCGGAAUUACAAAAUUAGCGAGAACAGUGACGAAGUCGAGGAAGACACGCUGAGCUCCAGUGCCAGCAGUAGCAGCAAUAAAAACCUCUCGUCAAAGAUGACAAAAACAACCACUUCCUACUGCUUCAUGCGGCACCAUCAACAGCAACAACAGCAACAACAAACGCAGCAAUCCACGACGAUGAAGUCACAUCACAGCAGAAACAAUUCAUUAAGGGUGCACCGUUCGACGGCUUCACCGUCGCCAUCUCCAUCGUUGGCCCUGGGGGUAGGAUCAAUCUCACCCUCCCCCUCGAUUGUGUCAGUUUUCAAUCAAGGUGCCAAUAAAGCCCCUCUGAGUGGCUCCUGUUCUUCCUUUUCGUCAACAACGGCUGUCACUGCUACCAACUGUCCCACCUGCGGCAACUGCCUGCAGCUCGGAAGCUGCUGCUGUUCGACACAGGACUUUCUCAAGCACCAAAAAUCACCCGUUUUCAACCGGAGGCGUUCGUCGUCGAUCAGCGUGGCGCGUCCCACACCGGAUCUGUACCGGUUCCUGAAGACGGAGGUGCCCUCCCAGCAACCACUGUCACCCGGAGCGAGAUUCGAACCACGUGACAAGUUUCCGCCGCUUACUGCGAGCGUCAAGGGGAGCACUCUGGCAUCGUCAACGUCCACCAUGUCCACGCUGGUCGAAAGCGUCAGUGGUGUGAGUACCAGCACCGCAGAAGGCGGCAACCAUGCUCCUUUGGCAUCCAGCUUGACAGAUCCGAACGAAGCUUCGCUGGUUGAACUGUUCGACAAUACCCCCACCAAUAAUGGGAACAAUAAUGGCAACAACUCCAAACUGCUGCACCAGCAGCAGCUCAACUUCAACUUUUGCACAAUGACGAAAGAUGGCGCCGUAGUCGUCGGUAGCAAUCUAUCAUCGUCACCGUCCACUUCGCGACUGAAACAUGGCGGUGGUGCCGGAGGCGAUGGUUCCACUUCAGCGCCUCCCCAUAGUAAAUCGGGACGCUUUCAGAACGAGGAAAACGACGGCAAUUUCAGCAAUCUACAGCAACAGCAACAGCAGCAGCAGCAAACGUAUCAUCAUCAUAAUCCGUUGGGGCACCCCUCGGCGCAUCGUACCGUCAGCAUCAGCACCACGGCCAUUGUGUGUGGCGGACGGGAUGGCAGCAGGACACCGGUGCCAUCCGGUGUCGGUGCCGGAGGUGGUGGACCGGGGCCAAGCGACUCGUCCAGGCAACGGAUGCGAACGUCUAGCAUGCCGGUCGAGAAUCGUAAGCCCCGCCUGGCCGACACCCGCCGGUCGGCCAUCCACUGCGCCGAUAUGGACCUCGAGUACUACCGGCUGCGAAGCUUCAGCAUCACAUCGCACGGGAUUUGCAAUCUGGGUGAUUCGAUGCGAAGUCGUCGAUCCCGAUCGAUUAACUCGGUUACGUCGGUCGGCUCAGCCGGUGGAACCAAGAACCGGAAGGGAAGCAGCAGUUCGCAGAAGCAGGACGUUCCGAUGGCAGCUUCCGGAGAAGGUAGCGUGGACAACUUGGAUGCCGAGAAGGAGAAAAUUCCAGCCUUCAAGGUGGCCAUGCUGGGAGCCUCCGGGGUAGGCAAGACGGCGCUAACCUAUCAGUUUACGACUUCCGAGUACAUCUGCGCGUACGACUUGAGUUUGGAUGACGACUACGGUCAGAAGACGGUUUCGGUGCUUCUGGAUGGACAGGAAACCGACCUGGAGAUUAUCGACCACCCGGCGUGUGAGAUGUCGGAGGAAGCAUUCUGCUCAACGUACCACAUCGACAUCUUCGUGGUCGUCUACUCGGUAGUGGACCGAGGUUCGUUCAAGAAAGCCGAAAAGAUCCUGCACUUUCUGAAAGAAACGGAAAUGCUGCUAACUCGCGGUGUGAUUCUGGUUGGCAACAAAACUGAUCUCGAGCGUCAGCGAGAAGUUCCUACACAGGCCGCGAGGCGGCUUGCAAAAGAAACCGGGGCCAAGUUCAUCGAAACCUCCAGUGGCAUGGACUACAACGUGGACGAGUUGCUCGUCGGAAUCGUAGCCCAGGUGAAGCUGAAUCCUCAACGAAUUAACCGACUAACCGACAAGCAACGCCACAGCAUAGCCGGAUCAGUUGAACCUCCGGUCAAAACACCCAUCAAGGGUCGCAAAAUGGCCAUGUCGAUGCGAGAAUUGCCAGCUCGGGACGCCACGAACCGUAUACGGCGAAUCGUGCGGCGUAGCAGCAUCGGUAAGCUCGGUUCCGAAGAUGACGAUGACUACACUCUGGACGAUAAGCGGCUUCGCAAGAAAGCUCAGGACUUUCCCGAUGAGGAUGAUGCCGAAAGCGACGACGAACGGUCCACGGAUAACGAAAUGAACCUGCUGCAGCGGAAACGCUAUGACCUUCCAAGCACGUCGACGCAGAACCUGAACAGUGCGAAUGCGCGCUACCAAAAGCGAAUGUCCUUCGACGGCCAGAUGCAGGAGGAUCUCGGCGCUCAGCAGCAGGAGGCACGCGAGCAGCAACGAGGCUCGCCGCAACCGAACGUCCGGCGGUUCAACUUCAUAGAUGACAAAUCGUGCUCGGGAAGUUCGACCGCUGCUAACAAAUUCGCCAAUCGCACCAAGCUGCUGUUGACUUCGUUUUUGAAGUUCAAGCGGAAUCUGCGCGUCAAACGGCGCAGCUCCGGCAGCUGUAGCGAUCUGUUCGUGAUUUAAGUGUAGUGUGAAUGAGUCGGUAGAUGUUGCACC